GGAAGUGCCGCCUAAACUAUCGUCGUCGCUGUUUUCAAAACAUGUCCAAACAUACAGGCAAACUGUUUGGUAAACCGAGUGAUUUACAUUAAUUUGAGUCUUUCCUGUUCAGGGGAAAAGGUUCCACUCUCCAGGAUGGAGAAUGAAGUCAAAUUCACUAAUACAGAGGGCUUCCUCUCAAGGAUGGCCCUCAAUGAUAACAAGGCUGGUAUGGAAGGUCUUGACAGGGAGAAGAUCAACAAGAUUAUCAUGGAGUCAUCCAAGGGAUCCAGGUUUUAUGAGAAUGAGCUAAAGAGAGAGCAGCAGGUGAACCAGCGCAUUGAGAAAAUGAUGCUACAAAAGGCCCAGAUAACAGAACAUCAGUUGAAUAAAGCGCAAGCUCAGGUAGAGAGGAUGGCUGCAGAGCUGGAGAAGGGUCGUGAUCUGAGCCGUUUGAUUGUACAUGUGGACAUGGAUGCUUUCUAUGCAGCUGUGGAGAUGAGAGACUGUCCCGAGCUGAAGGACAAGCCAAUGGCUGUAGGAUCCAUGAGCAUGCUGUCAACGUCUAACUACCAUGCUAGGAAGUAUGGUGUCCGAGCCGCCAUGCCUGGCUUCAUUGCGAAGAAACUCUGCCCCAACUUAGUUAUUGUUCCAACCAACUUUGAUAAGUACAGAGCUGUGAGUGGUGAGAUCAGGGAGAUUUUUGCAGACUAUGACCCUCACUUCCAGCCAAUGAGCCUGGAUGAAGCCUAUCUGGAUUUUACAGACCACCUGGAACAGAGGCAGAGCUGGCCAGAGUCUUCACGUACACAUAACUAUCAUGCCAACAACUCAGCAUCAGGUAAGAAGGAAACACUGGAGCCGAAAGAUUUCUCUCCAGUCCUCUUUGAGGACAGCCCCAGCUCCUCGCCAGACUCUGAAGGUGUCAACAACUGCGUUGUGUUCGGGAAGUCUGUUGAGGAGGCUGUGAGAGAGAUGCGCUUUCGCAUUGAGCAGAAGACCAUGCUGACAGCCAGUGCAGGAAUUGCUCCAAACACAAUGCUUGCCAAGGUGUGCAGUGACAAGAACAAGCCCAACGGCCAAUACAGACUCCCCCCUACUAGAGAGGCGGUCAUGGACUUCAUCCAGAAUCUUCCAGUUCGCAAAGUUUGUGGCAUAGGGAAGGUGAGCGAGAAGAUGCUGAGUGCUCUCGGCGUCAGUAGCUGUUCUGAUCUUAGCCAGCAGAUGGGGCUAUUGUCGUUGAUGUUCUCGGAGACAGCCUGGCAUCAUUUCAUGCAGGUUUCCCUGGGACUUGGCUCCACAUACAUACCUAGGCACGAAGAAAGGAAAAGCAUGAGCACAGAAAGGACGUUUAAAGAACUGAAUACAGCUGAGAAGCAGUUGACUUUAUGCAGGGAGCUCUGUGAAGACUUAGCAGCAGACAUGAAGAAAGAAAAUCUCAAGGGUAAAACAGUAACACUGAAGCUUAAGAACGUGAACUUUGAGGUGAAAAGCAGGGCGCUGACGGUGUCGUAUGCUGUUGCCUCAGUGGAUGAGAUCUUUGCUGUCGCUAAGGACCUGCUGCAAACGGAAAUAGACAAUGAAAGCCCCCAGCCACUCAGACUGAGGCUCAUGGGCGUGAGGAUCUCUGCCUUUGUCAGUUCAGAUGAUAAAAAGCCGCUGCAGAAGAGCAUCCUUGGCUUCCUUCAGCCAGGCAAUGCAGACUCAGGCUCUACCCAAGGAAUUAAUCAAAAGCUUGAGAAAGAGAAUCCCUCAGAUCACUCCCUCUUUACCCCACUCCCAGCUUGUCCUCCCUUAAAGCAGAAUUUCCAGAGACAAGAAGACAUUUCUGUGUGGAACAAGCAGAGGGGGUUAGAGGAAAGCCAAGCGAGUGAUGAGCCGAAAAAGUCUUUCUUCCAAAGAGCUCACGCUGAAAGACUGAAAAUCCAGGCAGCGAGUGCAAACACACAGGGGGAAGGACAGGAAGAGAAUGCUGCUGAUAUCACUUCCACAGGACCUCCUGCUCAUAAGCUUGAAGAGUCACCAACAAAGGCACAUGAGAGAAGCUCUACAGCCUCAGAUCCCUCAGAAAAUGAUCACGCUUCUCCAGUAGAAGCCCAUGCAUCCACUUCAGGCUGUGGUGGCAAAGCGUCAGAGAGUCUCACCUGUCCUGUGUGUUUCAAGCGGGUAGAGACUACUGAUUUGAAUGUCUUUAACACACAUAUUGACAAGUGUCUCUACGAUUCCUCUGGUAAGCCGAACCCAUGCACAAUUUCUGACUCUGAUUCAGAUAUGGACUCUCAGAGGAAUCCCAAAGAAUGUGAAGUAGACGACAAAUCAAGCGGGGAGUGUGUGAUUGUGGAAGUGUUGGCGUCAAACAGAGAUGCUCCUCGGGGUGAACAACACCGCAUAACAACCGAUUCUAAUCAAACAGCUUUGUUGAUCGAUAGUGAAAACAAAACAGUGACCUCGCAACAGUCUCUGUCAUGUAAUGAUAAAGGACCCGUACUCAUCUGCCCAGUAUGUCAUCUUACCCAGGACAGUGAUGACCUCAUUAUCUUUAACCACCAUGUUGACCUCUGCCUGAACCAGGAGGUUCUACAUGAGCUGAGAGGACGGACUUCAUCUCCCAUGAAUCCUCCUUCAGUUCCUAAUAUCAAGGCCAGAGGCAAAGGCCGUCUCCUGACAACACAAGGAAAAAAAGCAAAAAGACGGGACACGCCGCCCUCUCCUCCGUCGAAAAAGGCUAAAGGCGUCGGUCCUCUCAACACAAUUGACAAGUUCUUCAGGUGACAGUUGGAAAAGCUGUGUGUGUCCAUCCUUAUCUGGAAGAAGUGAAAUGGGAAGCAAAGUGUUUACACUAAUAUACCUUAUUGGUUGUUUUAUAAGCCAUAUGACAAGAUUUGAAAACUGAUGAACACAAAUCCUAUUUUUUUUUUUCAAUUCUGGCAAAUGAAUGUUAUGACCAUGUUGCCUGUCUAUCCAACUAUUUGAAGAUAAGCCUGAAGUUUUUAAGAUAAAUGUUUGCAUAAUAGAUCACGAGAGUAUUUAUUUCUUAAUGUUACAGUGUUCGUUUUAAACUUAUUUAAUUAUUUGAUUAUUUUUUUUGUCACUUUCAGUUGUAUUUAUUUUGGAUUUCAAUGAUGAUAGAGUUUAUUUAAUAAUGAAGAUAAGAGAAUCCUUUGAUCAUGUACAUCGAAAUAAAAGACUAUUCUGCUAAAAAUUCAA